CGUAUGGUUUGGUCUCCUAUAUUCAUGUGACAUAACAUAUAGUAUAUAUUCAGUGUACUUGCCAUUUAUUAAUCAAAUAAUGUCAAAUGGCUUUUACAUUCAGGAAUAACUAUCUACAUUGUGAGGAUGUCAAAUUAAAGGAUAUACAGACUAAGUUAGAGCAGUGUUAUUCAGAGUCAGCAUCUCCAGUGUUUAUUUACAGUCAGCAACAGCUCGAAGACAACAUCAAGGCAUAUAAAGAUGCCUUAGGACAAAUACCGAAUCAGACCACAGUGAAUUAUUCCAUUAAAGCCAAUUCUAAUCCAGAAUUACUCAAGAUCAUUAAGGACGCAGGCUGUUCUCUGACUCUUGUUAGUGGGAAUGAGUUGAGACUGGCUCUGAAAUUGGGAUUUGAUCCAAAGAAGAUCCUAUUGAAUGGUAAUGGUAAAACGCGAUGGGAAACCACCCUCGCGGUGAAAUCCGGAUGUUUGAUUAAUGUAGACAGUGAUUUUGAUUUACGGCAGGCAAUACAAGUUUGUCACGAGUUGAAGGUCGAGGCCAAUAUUUUGCUGCGGAUAAAUCUAAAUAUCGAUGUAAAUGUACAUCCAUAUGUCAGUACAGGCAUGGCGGGAUCUAAAUUUGGUAUUGAUGAAGAUCAACUUGAUAAUAUUCUAGAUAUAGUUAAAAAUACAACUUAUAUAAACGUAGUUGGAUUACAUUGUCAUCUGGGGUCAACUAUAGAAGAUCUUGUUGCCAUUAGGUUAUGUAUGAAUAAUCUGAAGAACCUUGCAGUAGAUUUAAAUAAAUUGCCCUUUGUGAAUCUCAAAUGUAUCAAUAUUGGUGGAGGACUGAAUAUAGAUUACUAUACUAGAGGUGAUGAUACCAAAUCCUGUCACCAUGAGACUGAUAGCCAAUUAGAAGCUGUGAAUACCUGGAUCAAAUCUGUAAGUGGGAGAAAUGGAAUUGCAGCUCAGAUGAGCAACGUUCACCAGUCUUACAGUAACAAAGAAUGUACCCGAUCACAUUGGUUGAACACCCUAAGAGCUGGCGAAUCAGAAUUGAAUGUAGAUCUUCCAGAAAGCUUGAAUAAGGAACAUUUUCCGAAUCCCGGUGAUUUAAUUGGAGAAUUAAAGGAAGUAAAUUUUGAUAAAUCUUUUGACAUUAUAGUAGAGCCUGGUCGUUCUAUAGUUGGCAAUACGGCGGUGUUAUUGUCCACUGUUCUGGGCUGUAAGGAGAGCGGUAAUAUUAGGUUCAUUAUAACUACUGGUUCUAUGACUGAAGUAAUCAGACCAAGUUUAUAUGGAUCUUAUCAUCAUAUAGAUCUAAUAGAACCUUCCCGACACUCAAGACGCUAUCUGUACAAUGUUGUCGGUCCCGUUUGUGAAUCAGCCGAUUUCCUUGGAAAGGAGAGAUUUUUAAACACGCCUCAUGUUGGGUGUGGUCUAGCUAUAUGGGAUGUUGGUGCUUAUUGUUACAGUAUGGCUUCCAACUAUAAUCUAAGGGGACGAGCAGCAGAAAUAUUAGUUAGUGGGUCAACAUGGAGGAUUAUCAAGAAGCCAGAAAGUUUUGAAGAUAUGAUGACAUGUUAUUCCUGUUAA